AUAAAAUUCAAUUUUUAGAAAUUCUCUUUUACAGGAAAUUGAUUUUUCGAGAAAAAAUAUGAAUUAUUUUUUACUGUUUUGUAUCUUAGAAUGGCAGCACUGUUAUAUCGCUGUUUCGAUAGUGGAAGCCGCGCGUAAUAUUAGGACGCUAGACUACGACCUAGACACUUAUUUGUUUUGCAUGUGCCUAUAUGGAUGUGCCUAAGUGUGCUCUCGUAUUGAGACUAAUUCUUCUCUUUUGUGAAUAAAAUAUCACCUCGAUUGUAAAUGAAUAGUGAAUAAUUAUUGCCAAAGUUGUAGAUCUUUCAUAAUUGUUCAUGGAUUGAGACACAAUUAUAAAAUAAAAAAAAAAGAAUUAACAUGGCCGUGUUGGCUGACCAAAGAAGAGUUCUUAAACUCCUUCUGUGGAAAAACUUUGUUAUUCGAAGAAGACAUUGGUUAAUCAGUUCAUUAUUUCAAGUCAUAAUUCCACUUUUGAUAUUUGGAUGUAUUCAAAUACCUAGAGAUAAGCUUACUGGACGAUUCAAUGAUUUCAACUCAAGAUUCUCCAACAAUGAUCAGAAACAAAAUAUGAGAGACGAAUAUUUUCCAAAAUUAACAAAAAAUGAAUUCAUAGAGGAUUUUUUCAGUGCGAAACCUCGAUUUUCACUGAUUAAUUUAUAUUUUGCACCACAAAAUUAUUUCACAGAAGAUUUAAUGAAAUUGACUGCUUCCUGUUUAUCGUUUCCUAAUGAAGAUGUGAAAGGAUUUACUUCUGAAAAGGAAUUGCUACUUAAAUACAGUUCAAACGCAAAUGGAGGAGACUAUUUGAAUGUUAAAGCAAUUAUUUUCAAAAAUGUAAACGCUUUAGAAGGAUCAAAACAGCUUUACUAUACAAUUAGACCGCAAAAUAUUUACAGGUACUCUAGUGACCAUGCAAAUUUCGAAUAUUUUUUACAAGCGUGUCUUGAUCAAUCGUUUUUGCAAAUGAAAUUCGGUGCACCUGUGGAGACCAAUAUGUCUUUGCAAAAAAUGCCUUCACUAGCCUUCAAGGAGAAAAAGUUUGAUGACGAUUUUUCAAUAAAAUUCAUGUACACAGUUGUUGCAGUUUUGGUAUUUUCAAUUCAACUCAAUGUGGAAAUAAUUUAUCCGUCAAAUGAAAAAAAUUUGGGAAUUAAUGUUUUAAUGGCAAUGAACGGAGUGAAAAAUUAUCAAAGUUUAUUAAGUUGGCUAAUUAGUGGACUGUUAUUUAGUGUACUUUAUAUUGUCCCUCGUGUUAUAUUUCUCUGCGUAUGUUUUUACUCCGACUGUCAGCCACUUUUAUAUUACGGAAAUGCAAUUUUAGUGAUUUUCAUGCAUUUUCUUAAUAUCAUUCAUCUUUUGUCCUUCGGCUAUCAUGUGUCUUCGUAUUUUUCAAAAUCUGUCUUGAGAGUUUUGGCAAACAAUUUUAUUUAUUUAGGAACAUUCGGUCUUCAAAUAUAUUUCAUGUUUUUGAUAAAAAAGUACAAUGUGAUACCUCCUUAUAUGGGAAUAUUUUUUCCCAAUUUGCUUCUGUUUCGAAUUUACGAGGAAAUGUAUUCUUAUGAAGAGAAAAUGGAAGGAGUACACUGGAGCAACAUGUUUUAUGUUGCUGAUGUUAAUAAUACUGAGUCAAUAAGUUUAGGAGUCAUUGCGAUAUUUUCAAUUCUUGGUACACUGUUUCACUUUCUGCUUGCUUUGUAUGUAUCGGAAAUUUUGCCCGGAAAAUAUGGAGUUGCAAAACAGCCGCUUUAUUUUUUAAAGUGCUUCAAGCAAAACAAAAAUUCUUCCCAAAGAAUCGACAAUGUGGAUUAUAAUAGACAAAAUACACUUUUCGAGCCAGUUUCAACAAAGUUCGUUCCUGGUAUUCAAAUUCGUAAUUUAAAAAAAUCCUAUAUUAUUGAUAGGAUCAAUCAAACCAAAAAGCAAGCUCUUGCUGGAAUUUCUAUUGACUUCUAUAAAGGUGAAAUAACAACUUUACUUGGUCACAAUGGAGCUGGAAAAACAACAUUGAUGUCAAUUUUAACAGGUUUAUUGAGUCCUAGUGAAGGAUCAGUUUUUAUAAACGGAAAGAAUAUCAGUGAAGAAAUGAAGGACAUAGUGACUGAUUUGGGACUGUGCCCACAGGAAAAUAUUCUUUUCCCUGACUUGACUGUCUUUGAACAAUUGCAAUUCUUCUCUAUGUUAAGAAAUGGAAACAAUACGAAGGCUCAGAGAGAUAUUGAUGUUAAAAGUCUACUUCAGAGAUUGAAUAUUUAUGAAAAAAUGAAGGAAUUUCCCUCAAAACUUUCUGGUGGUCAAAAAAGAAGAGUUUGUCUUGGAAUAUCAUUAAUUGGCGAUGCUUCGAUAUUAAUUUUGGACGAACCCACAUCAGGAAUGGAUCCCGAGACAAGAAGAGAAUUUUGGGAUAUUUUAUUGAAAUUGAGAGGCGAGAAAACAAUUUUGAUAAGCACGCACAAUAUGGAAGAGGCGGACAUUCUUGGCGACAGAACUGCUCUCAUUGAACAGGGAAAAUUGAGAAGCUACGGUACACCUCUGUUCCUGAAAAAGUUUUAUGGUGGAGGCAACAUGGAGGUAACGUUAUCCACAGAAGAUGUGUGUGACAUUGAUAGGAUAAUAAAUCAACUACCGGACCAAAGUCGAUUAAUUAAUUCCGAUCAAGGGAAAAUUAUUUUCAGUGUUCCUUUCACUGAGCAAUUGCCCGAACAUUUGGACAGAAUUGAAGAAAAAAAACAUGAUCUCGGAAUUACUGGAAUUAGUGUAUCACUAAUAACUUUGGAACAAGUUUUCCUUCGUGCGACGAAGGAAGAUAACGACAAUUUGGAAGAGAAGAAUUUUCCUGUAGAAAAAUUUGAUAAGAUUGAAGGAUUUGAACGUUUUAAGCAAUCAUUCAUUGCACUUAUUUUGAAAAAAUGUGCAUACGUGAGGAAAAACAUAAUUACACAUUUGCUUAUGAUUAUCAUUCCUCUCUUGAGUAUUUUCGCAAUCCGAGCGACAUUCAUUGAUUCCGGUGAAAUACAAAAUGUUUCUUUUCGUCUCGACAUGUACAGCAAUCCACAAGUUUUCUAUUCUUCAAAUGAUUAUACGGAUUAUUACGGAGAAAAAUAUAAGACGAUAGUUGAAAAUUUGAAUGGACGAGCAACAGAAGUAAAUGACAACGUCAGCAACGCGAUUGUAAAUUUUGGCAGAAAAGAUUACGCGGAUUAUAGAAAUAAUUUAAUUGGCGGAGCAGAAUUUAAGACAGAACAAUUUACAUACAAGAAAGAAGUGAAUGUGUUAUAUUCAGAAUACGUGGAUAACAGUGUGCAAAUAAUGAUUAAUUUGGUUUCAAAUACAAUUCUCAAAAAGUUACUUGGAGACGAUCAUCAAAUUUAUGCAUCGAGGGAACAACUUCGAAAUGAAAACUCUUUUAAAUUUUAUUAUCAUAAUGAUACUUACAAUUAUGUUAGAGCACUUUUGAUGCUUUUAUGUCUAUCGCCGACAUUUGCACUUUAUGUGAUUCAACCAUUAAAAGAAUCAAUUACAGGACUGAAAAAACUUCAAAAAAUGACUGGAGUAACGGGCUACUUAUAUUGGGGAAGUUUUUAUCUUUUUGAUCUUUUCUUCUUUCUAUUGACGAUUAUUAUUGUUUACAUAUUUGGAUUUUACAUCAUGGACAUAAAUGGCAAUCUUCAAUUAUUCCAUUCAACCGAAAUAGGUGUAAUGUUUCUCUUGCUAAUAUUAUUCGCCUUGAAUAUGCUGCCCUUUAUUUAUAUGUUUAGUUUUUGGAGUAAGAAAACAAGCAUUAUUUUCAGCGUUCUAACGUUUUUGCCUGCAUUAUUACUUGCUUUAGAAUGGAUCGUUUUUAAAACUUUAAGGGGAAAUACAAGUUACAAGUUAGCUUUAGAGCAAAGAGCAAUUGAGAAAAAGUUUUUCAUGAUUAUGCCAUCACUAAGCUUCUUUUAUGGAGUAUAUUCAUUCUUUGAAAUUGCAACUAGAAAUGCCGACUGUCGAAGAAUGCCUGAAUUUUAUUUAUAUCACAUUUGUUCAACUUCUAGAAGAAACGAUUGUUGUGAUCUCAAUUGUUCGGGAGGACAGUGUGAAAAAUAUUUCGACUAUUUCAACAAUUCCAAAGUCUCUGAUAGCUUAGAAAAAAGUAUAUUAUAUUUGUGCCUGACUCCGUUCAUAUAUUUCACAAUUAUUGGAAUAUUGGAAAAAAAAUUAAUUCCAAGAUUAUUUAUAAAGAUCAAAAACAUAGUCCCAACUGGAGCAACUCAGAGAGUAGACGAUCAAGUAAAAGCGGAGAAGAUUUUUGUCGCUUCUGAGAUCAACAAAUUCAAAAAGCAAGAUAACCCCUCAGAAAUUCAAAGAUCGUUCAAAUAUAAUCAGUUUUUAAAUGAUAACAAAAGUAAUAAUUCAAUUUAUUUGGCCUAUGAAUUGAGUAAAUACUAUGGAAGUCUUGCUGCGGUGAAGGAAAUUAGUUUCAGUGUGAAGAAGAAAGAAUGUUUUGGAUUAUUGGGUGUUAAUGGCGCAGGAAAAAGUACAGCAUUUCGAUUACUCACUGGAGAAGAGUUUCCUAAUACUGGUAUUAUGUAUUUGAAUGGAAAAGAAAUUUCCAAAAACAGAGAAGAGUAUUUGGAACAAAUGGGAUACUGUCCACAAAAUUCUGCUCUACUUGAAUCGUUGAAUUCUGAAGAUCAUCUAGAAUUAUUUGCAUUACUUCGAGGCGUACCAAGAGAUCAAGUAAAAAGUGAAGUUGACAAAUGGAUAAAAAGAUUGAAAUUGAAUCUUUGCGCAAAUCAACCAAGCGGAACUUAUAGCGGUGGAAAUAAGCGUCGAUUAAGUAUCGCAAUUGCUUUAAUUGGAAAUCCUAAUCUCGUUUUAAUGGAUGAACCAACAACUGGAGUUGAUCCUGCAGCGCGAAGAUACAUGUGGCACGUGAUUAAAUCCUGCCAAUCAGGAGGACAGUCCUUCAUUUUUACAUCCCAUAGUAUGGAGGAGUGUGAAGCUCUUUGCAAUCGUUUAGCUAUAAUGAUAAAUGGAUCUAUAAUAGCAAUUGGAGCGACUCAACAACUGAAACACAAGUUUGAAGCAGGCUUCAACAUAAAUGUUAAACUAAAUCCUGAAAGAACCGAGGAAAAUGUACGAAGCAUCAAAAACCUUAUUGAAAAGUCUAUAAUAUGUGAUCUUUGUGAUGAACACAUGACUUGCAUUACUUACCACGUGAGAAAUUCAAGCAUAAAAUGGAGAAAAAUGUACAGCGUCAUGCAAAAUUUAAAAGAAAAGUACAAUUGUAUAGUAGAUUAUACAAUUACGUCUGGCACUCUGGAGCAAUUAUUUUUACAGUGUGCUCGAUCACAUGAAAAACCGAUAAAAGUUGAAAUUUAAAUGAGAUUGAGAAUAUUUUCCAUUAAGAAUAACUGAUUAUCUUUAUACCUUCGAAAACUUAUUUUGAAAAAAAUUUUAUGAUAACACCUAAUAAGAGUAAUAAUUAAUAAAAUUAAUUAUUAAAAAUGUUAAUAAUAAAUAAUGGAUCAAGGAUAUUAAAUGUAAAAAUUUGAAUAAGAUAUAAAUUUAAAUAUAUUUUUAACACAAUAUUACAAAAACAACAAGCGCUUAGACAGCGAUAGUCACAAUUGACUCAAUCACAGAAAGUUUUUGGCGAUAAUCAUUAAACAUAUUAAAAAGACGCAUGUCUUGAAAAAAAUUCACUCCAACUCUUCUUUUUUUGUACGAAGUGCAGCAAUUAAUUAAUUUCCAUAUAAUACAUGGAAAAUGUUUUUUUUAUAUAUAUAAUUUGUUUUUUUACUUUAAUAUAAUUUUUAAUAUAAUAUACGAGUAUAAAAGGACAUGCAAAAAAUUUCAUGCUUCAUUUUCUUUUAUAAUAUCGCCAAAAAAAAUUCCUACAUAUAUAAUAAUAUAUAGUCUAUGUAAAACUUAAGUUUUUAACAAUACAGUUUCUUAGAUCGAGGACGAUAUGUAUAUGAUUUGUUUUAACUAUAUAAUAAUAAAUACAUUUAUACUAGAGUGA